AGUAGUGGAGGUAAUUGGUUGAAUUGGAUUGAAGAGGGGAACUAGAAUGGGUCCUUAUGGUGGAGGGAUGUGUGUAGAUUAGAUUAUUUGUGCACAAGUAGAGUUGGCUGGCUCUUAGAUGGCUUUAAACUAAAGUUGGGAGAGGGUAAUUCUGUCAAGUUUUGGGAGGAUGUCUGGAUUGGGGACGAGUCACUAGCUAAUAAAUUUCCCAAACUCUUUUUGAAUUCUUUAGGCAGAACAAAGAGCAUUUCUCAAAUGGGAUUCUGGAGCAAUGGAAGCUGGAAUUGGACAUUAGAAUGGAGGAGACCUAUCUUCUCCUGGGAGGAAAACUCGAUGGCGGAGCUGUGGAGGAUGUUGCAGACUAUCCAACCAAUUAAGGGACAAAAAGAUCGAUGGGAGUGGAGGCAUGAUCAUGGUAUUUAUUCAACUAAAUCGGGAUAUCAAGCUCUUUCCAGCAACCAUCAGCAGAGUAGGAACAACUUGCAUAAAAGGAUUUGGUGCAGGCUUGUCCCCACAAAAAUAUGUGCCUUUGUUUGGAAACUCCUACAAAAUAGAAUACCCUCCAAGGUAAAUCUGUUCAAGAAAGGUAUUGUUCCAGAUCUCAAUCUAGCUACAUGCAUGUUAUGCAAUGAGAGUAUUGAAGAUAUAAAUCAUCUAUUUCUUCAUUGCAAGUUUGCAUAUUCAGUGUGGUCCAAAUCUCUCCAAUGGUGGAGAAUUUCAUCGGUUAGAGCUGAUGAUUGCUAUGCGUCUUUUGAACAACAAUUAGCCUCCUUUAAAAAUGUAAACAUCAAGGCAGGUUGGGAUGCAGUUUGGUGUGCACAAUCUGGUCUAUAUGGAUUGCUAGAAACGAAAAGGCUUUCAGAAACCAUGAGCAGGAUGUCAAUAGGAUUUUUGAGCUGGUGCAACUGCGGACAUUCCAAUGGAUCAAAAACAAAACAAUAGGAUACUCUUUUAAUCUAUGCAAUUGGAUGUUGGAACCUAUGGAAUGCUUGAAAGAUAAAAGGGGAAAAAACUAAUAGUGCUGCAGGAUGGGGGUUAGGGGUGGAUCCAUGACAGCCUUAAGGUGAUCCUUAUCUACUGUACUUAGCUAAUGGAUCAAGUAUUGGCCUCAUGCUUUUCCUCCCUAUUUUGCUAUGUAUUGGUUUGUAGUGUAAUAGGUUGGAGUACCCCUUGUACUCCCUUUAUUUUACUUAAUAAAUUCCUUUUGCUGUG